AUGAAUUUCUUUAGGAAUUUCUGGAGAGGAACCGAACGUGCCAGCCCCCAGGCUGGAACUAACUCGGCCAAUGAAGAAGGUCAUCUAUGCUCCUCGAAUAAUGAAUCCGCCUUUGAGAUCUUUGCUGAACCUGAGGACGCCAUUGUCGACAUUGUCCUCGUCCACGGGUUGGGCGGCGAUGUGGUGGAUACGUGGGAUCACCCGUUGACCAAUGUGGUGUGGCCGCGGGAUAUCCUCCCUGCUGAUGUGCCAGAUGCCCGUAUCAUGAGUUUCCGAUACGACUCCAAAUUUGUGCGUUCUUUUGGUCCAGUCUCUUCCAAUACAAUCCGGGAUCACGGGAGGGUACUUGCCGGAGCACUUGACAGCACACGGGAUGUGGCAGGCUACCCCACGAGACCAAUCAUCUUCAUUGCCCACAGCCUCGGAGGGCUAGUUUGUGAAUAUGCUAUCUUACUUUCCGAGAAGGACUAUCUUGCAAACUCGACCAUUGGCAUCAUUACUCUGGGAACGCCACACGAAGGCUCUAACCUGGCAAACUGGUCGAAAAUUCUCUCUGGAAUUGCCAAAGUUUUCCCGGCUUCAAACAAGAUCGUUGAUGCCCUCCGACCAUGCUCGGAAGAACUGGGAAGUCUUCAAGACGAUUUUUUUCUCAUGCUCAGAAGGCGUCGACAAAGACGUGAGCCGGUACCCGACAUUGUGUGCUUUUAUGAAGAGCUUGAAAUGAAUCGAGCACUGGGUUUGAUCGUCACAAAACGUUCCGCUACUCUCUCCAGUUACCGGAAAUACUCUCUCCAUGGCAACCAUGUUAGCAUGGUCAAAUUCUCAGGGAGGUCUGACGCAGGAUACCAAGCGAUCAUGCGUGAAAUCAAAAUGUGGGUCAAGGAAAUUGAGGGCAAAAAGACUGGAUCACAAGCCGUAGGCUCAGGACGCGACAUCGAGCCUCACGGAAUGCAGCAUGGCAAAACCUUUCGAAACUACUACGCGGGAAAUGUGACUCACAGCGGACAAGUCUUUCAAGGGGACAUUACUUCCUCUAGCACUAUCAACAUUAGUGCUCUGCCAAAGUAA